UCUGAAGAGGACCAAAAGAUCUUGCAGAGCUACCACCGUCUGUCUUCGCGGCGAGUAGAUCUCGUAGGCGAUUUCGCUGGCCAAGAAUUGUUCGCCAUUGAGGGCGAUGCCCUUCUUUUGCAAUGCUUUGAAAACCCACUGCUUGAUUUCGAGGACGGUUUCCAGAUGUUGCAUGCUGUCUACCUAGUAGAAGAAUAUCUCGCACAGCUCCAGCGCCGCAAUUGCAGAUUUCAUGUCGCCUUCUUUGAUGCUCACCGCCAGCUCUCUAUUCCCCAGAAUGUCAAGUCCAUCAACCGAUCCAAGUAUCUCCUCACACGAGCUGCCAUAAUUCGCCACCUUCAAUCCAAUUUGCAAUCAGAAGACGUCCAAAUCCAUUGCUUCACAGAUUUGCACGACCAAGCAUUUGAUGAUUAUCUGCGCAAUUCUGCAGUUUAUUUCUUGAUGUGCCACGAUGGAGCUCGCAGCCACACCACACAAGACAGAGAUGUCCCCGAUCCGAGAACAUCACUAAGAUCGAUUAUUGUGCAUUUCAUCUUGUCCGGCUACAACGUUGCUUUGAUCAAUGGCUCAGAAUUCGUCGACACAAAGAUCAUGGCGAUGGUGCUAGAAACCAAGAACCUCUCCCACAGACUGGACUCGACCCUGGACGCAAGCCCCAAGCAGCAGAGUGAUGUCUCAGAGCCCAUCUCUUCAGCAGAGAUCGACGAGAUCGGAAGCAACACAUCCAACAUUACAGAGAGAGAACGUUUGACAAUCUUGACUUUGUCUCGCUUGAUCAAGACUCCAUCUGCCUCGUCAGAAGUGCAACAAUUCGCGCAUGACGUCCUUGCUCACACCGCGCUUCUCCAUGCUCUACCGCUCUCAGCACGUAGUCUGCAGCACACGUCGGCAGCAAGCGACUACCAGGAGCAUCUUUCCAGCUUCUGUGACCAAGCUGCCAAACUUCUGAAAAGCUCAAACUGGACUCAAUACCACCAGAAGAUCGAGGACAAUGAGUGUGAUGUAGCAGAUUUGUUCGAUGGCCGCUUGUUCAACGUUGUUUCUCAGGGUUUAGAUCUCUCAUCAAUGCCUGAGGCUAUGCAAAGCAAACUUCAGAAGCUCAACGAACGCUUGAAGGCUGUCUGCGAUGUAUCGACAACUAACGGCGAGGCCGACUCAAGAAAGUCGGACUGCUCAUCUUCAGAUGCUCCUUCCACAACUCCCACCGGAAAUACGAGCGUGCUCCCAUUCUCCAACCCUGUAUUCGACCAGCAUUUGACAUCCAUUCGUCUGGGCAUCGAUGACCAUGCAUCUGAGGAGAUUAGCAGACCCUCGGCUCGCAUCUUCCAGGAGGUAUCCCACUGGCACAACGCCAAGCGUCCCAUUCAAUCGAAAAACACGCCGGUCCUUUCUCCACGAGAUGAGCUGCGUGCUCGCCGCAGAAAUCAGAAGUACAUGGACGAGAUGCAGAAAUACGCUGCAAGUUUGACCAACUCUGUGGGAAGAGCACUCGAGCCCGAGACACUCCUCGUUAAAUCUGCAGCCGCUUCGAAAGUCGCACAGAAGUCUGAGAACAAGAAGACUGUCCCCGAGCCUACCAAGAAGGAUGACGCUUCGAAGAAAGGUGCCAACCCUAAGGGCGGUAAAAAGAACGUCAAGGUUAGUGGCAAGCAGGCCGCCCAAGAGGCAGCUGCAGCUUUCCAAGCCAAGAAGGCAGAGGCUUCAGACUCCAAGGUUAUGCAAGCAUGGCACAUCAUUCUGAAAAGUUUGUCUGCCGAGAGUGACUUGCCUUCGCGUUACAUCAAGACCAAGGAUUACUUUACCAGUUUACCCAAGGACAAGAGAGAAGUUCUUGGUGCUGAGGUUCAAAUGUUCUCCCUGAGCACGUUGGUAGAGAUUGCCAUCCAAUCAGGCAAGACCAACGACCAGGAUCCCAACGGCAUCGUUGCUUUCAUCUGGCACACCGCCAGAAACUUGGUUCAAGCCGAUAACAUCACCAAGACAAUCUGCGAGAAGAUCAAGCUUACCGUAGAUACUUUCGGUCUUCCUCCUGUCGACAUUCCCAAGCCGACUCAAGACAAGUCUCUGCCAUUUCGUUUUGCACUUCCUCUGCAGAGCGCAGAUCUCGUCAAGAACAAGCUGUCCAGCAAGGCAUUCCAGCUUCUCCACUGUGGACCUUUCCUGGACCGCAGUAUGGAUGCUGCUCCUGACCCAAGAGUAGACUUUGAGCCCGACGGUUGGCAACGAAAGGUUCUUGACGGUAUCGAUGAUAACAAGAGUCUGUUUGUCGUCGCGCCCACUUCUGCUGGUAAAACAUUCAUCUCGUUCUACGCAAUGAGAAAGGUUAUCGAGGCUGAUGACGAGGGUGUUCUUGUUUACGUCGCGCCCACCAAGGCCCUGGUCAACCAGAUCGCUGCUGAAAUCCAGGGCAGAUACUCCAAGAAGUUCAAGUAUCCCGGAAAGAGUGUGUGGGCUAUCCACACCAGAGACCAUCGCAUCAACAACGCAACUGGCUGUCAGGUGCUUGUCACUGUACCUCACGUGCUCCAGAUCAUGCUUUUGGCUCCCUCGCACGCCAACUCAUGGGCAACCAGAGUCAAGCGCAUCAUUUUUGAUGAAGUCCACUGUAUUGGACAAGCCCAGGACGGUGUUGUCUGGGAGCAGCUUCUGUUGCUCGCUCCUUGCCCCGUCAUCGCACUCUCUGCUACGGUCGGUAACCCUGAUGUGUUCAGCGACUGGUUGUCGACUACCGAGAAGGCUAUGGGCAUCGAUUUUGAGAUGGUCAGACAUCCAUACAGAUACUCCGAUCUGAGAAAAUUCUACUACGACCCCCCGAAGAAGUUCCUGUUCGACGGUCUGGGUCAGAAGAAGGGUCUUCCAACUCUUGGUCUGGAUGGCACCACUGGGUUCGAGUAUCUUCACCCUGUCGCCUGUCUGAUCAACCGCUCAGCAGGUAUGCCAGACGAUCUCUCUUUCGAGCCUCGUGACUGCUACACGCUCUGGAAAGCCUUGAAAGAGCACUCGAACGACAAGUACAGUUUGCCUGCAGAACUUGACCCUUCCAAAGCUUUGCCCGACGUCAUUCGCAAGCAAGAUGUCUUGAAAUGGGAAGCCGGACUGAAGAAGGUCUUGGCUGCAUGGAUGGAGGAUACUGCGUCGCCCUUCAAUGCUGUCUUCACUACGCUCACUGGCAAGCGCCCCCAGAAGGAAGAGCUGUACGCACCUACGGCCAAGCGUGCCGGUCAGAGAGAAGCCCAGGAGGUUCAGGAAGACAACUUCCUCCCUUUGCUUUGUCGUCUCCAUGAGCAGGAGGCAAUGCCAGCCAUUCUCUUCAACUACGAUCGUACAAGAUGUGAGGAUAUUUGUGCCAAGAUCCAUGACGACCUGAAGGAAGCUGAAGACCAGUGGAAGGCCACCGAUCCAAAGUGGAAGGCUAAGAUUGUCCAAUGGGAAGCCUGGAAGAAGGAGCAAGAGCGCAAGGGUGCCAAGGCUAGCAAGGUCUCGAAGAAGAAGCCUGCUGAGGAGGGCAUGACCAAGGCAGAUAUGGCCCGUGAUGCUGCUGACACUGAUGCCAACGGCUUCGAAGGGUUUGAUCCUGCAGCCCCUCAAGAUGGCUACCACUUCUGCAACUUCAAGGCUAUCCAGGUCUCCGAACUCGAAGAAUACAUGAGAGAGCUGGAGUGGAGACGCGUGCCACAAUGGCUCAUCGUCGCCUUGACCAGAGGUAUUGCCGUCCAUCACUCCGGUAUGAACCGCAAGUACCGCCAGGUCGUCGAGAUUCUGUUCCGCAAGGGUUUCCUCAGAGUCGUUGUCGCAACCGGUACGCUCGCUUUGGGUAUCAACAUGCCCUGUAAGACUGUUGUCUUCACUGGUGAAUCUGUAUUCUUGACCGCUCUUGAGUACCGUCAGUGUGCUGGUCGUGCUGGUCGUCGUGGCUUCGAUUUGCUUGGAAACGUUGUCUUCCAGAACAUGCAGCACGAAAAGGUCUUAAGAUUGAUGUCUUCAAGAUUGCCUGAUCUGAACGGCCACUUCCCAGUCACCACUACCUUGGUUCUCCGUCUGUUUACGCUACUUCAUGGAUCGAACAACUCAAAGUACGCAGCUUCGUGCAUCAACUCACUGCUCUCUCAGCCUCGUCUGUACAUGGGAGGUCCUUCUUUCAAGGACCAAACACUGCACCAUCUUCGUUUCUCCAUCGAGUACCUUCGCAGACAGCAACUUCUUGACGCAAAUGGCACGACUUUGAACUUUGCUGGUCUUGUCUCUCACUUGUACUUCACCGAGAAUUCAAGUUUCGCGUUCCAUGCAUUGCUCAAGGAGGGCUACUUGCACAGACUUUGUGCAGACAUUGACAACAAUGCAGAAUCAGUGGUCAAUACCCUGAUGCUGGUCAUGUCUCAUCUCUUUGGUCGUGUGUAUUGCCGCAAGUCUGAUGCAGAGUACCGCGAGAAGGUCGUAAAGCCAUCAUCAUCGAUGGUGUUCCUACCUCCUCUGCCAGAAGAGGCGGCACAAGUUUUGAACGAGCACGGACAGCAAACACUCGACAUCUUCAGUACCUACGUUCGCACUUUUGUCGAUCAGCAUGUAGAGAAGGCGGAUGACGUUCUGCCGCUUACGGCUAGACAGGUUGGCAGUUCGUCUGUUGACCCGACCCCCAGCUUGGACGGGAUCUCGCUUCCUUCCACUAAGAUUCGCUCGCCAUUCGUCGCUCUAUCUGGACACACUGACAACUUCAAAACUAUCAGUGAGCUGUGUCGCUCUGUCAGAUCUGGUGUCUUCCUCGAGGAGUCAGCCAUUCCUCACGUGGCUAUGCUCUCACAAGACCUUGAUCAGCCCUUGAACGCUUACCUGGUCGACUUCUUCAAGCACGGUGAUGUAAAGACACUCGAGAAGGCAAACGGCAUCAGACGUGGUGACGUGUGGUUCAUGCUCAACGACUUCUCCUUGGUGCUUGCCACUAUCAUCACCAGUCUGCUCAACUUCAUGAAGCUCAAGGUCGGAAGUGACAUGGAUUUCUUGGACACCAUGGGUGAGCUUGAUACCCUCGAAGAGGCUGAGGAUGAGACCGUUGCCGUCAAGGAAGACGGAGAAGCUGUUCCUGCUCCCAGCGAAGCACCCAAGGCCGCCAUGGCCACAAUCACAAAGAAGAAAGCAAAGAAGGCUGAAAGCUGGGAGGACAUGGCCGACGAAGAAGAAGUCAUCGAGAAAGACUACAACGAAGCUGCUGCCAAGUUGGACGAACUCAACCUUGACAGUGCUGCAUGGGAAGGCCAAGGUGGAGAAAAGGGGUUGCUCAAGGUACUCAAGGCGUUCCAAAGAUUGCACUCCGAGUUCAACCUGAAGUUCAAGGCCAUGUGGGCAUAG